AUGCCCGGGACGAAGCACUUCCCCGAAAUUCGCGACAUCUGGACCGUUGCUGUCCCCAGACUUGCGACCAACUAUGACACCCUCCUCAACGCCAUUAUGACGCUCGCUCUGCGGCACAUGCUCUGCACAGGCUUCGAAGAUAUCGCGCCCCGGGACAAAAUCGAACUCCACCACGCGCAGUAUCUCGAAGCGACCUUGCAGGAGUACCGUAGUGGCGUUGGCACCCUGACUCCCGCCGUUGCGGACGCAGCAACCUUCACGUCGAUCGUGCUGUCUCUGCAUGCCUUGGCCAGUCUGCGCGAUCGUGACCUCAGCGAGUACACCGCACCGGUGCAAUGGCUUCAACUAUGCAAAGGCGUCACACACGUGUUCAAGGUGACGCGACUUCUCUUGCAGGGCGACGCCGAGGCCUACAGCAACAAGAUGGUCGCAAUCGGCGGUCCGAUUGUCGAGCCGUCCAACAUCCUGCGUGAGGAGAAUCGCAACCAGUUCCCGAAGCUGCUCGCGCGGCGACCGGAGGAUUCGGACGCGGACGACGCAGCAUAUGUCGAAACAGCCACCUACAUCGGCGCCAUACAAACUGCUAUCCAGGCGAACGACCAUGUCGACUUCAUUACACGUCGCCUCAUCAUUUACCCUUUGCUCAUUCCGCAGCGUUUUGUCGAAUUGGUGAGCGAGCAUCGGCCGCGUGCGCUAGUGAUUCUGGCGCACUUUUUCGCGCUCGCGGCACACUGCCAGACAUCAGCCUGGGUCGGAGACGUUCCCAAGAAGGAGAUUCUUGCAUUGGAACAAUACCUGGGGCCGCAGUACCAGCAGGAGCUUGCGUGGCCUUUGAGCGUUGUAGGACCGCCCAACGGAUGA